AUGUCUUCAAAACAUUUCUUCUCCGACGCCUUCUCCCUGGUCAUCGAGGCUCUCCGCGCCCUGACCAUCACCAACCCCUCUCUCGCCUUUGAUGAAGAGAACAAAAUCAUUUUCCGCCGUCCCGAAACAUACAACAAAUCCAAUGUCGCCGUCAUCAGCGGCGGUGGUUCCGGCCACGAGCCUGCCUUUGCCGGUUAUGUCGGAAAGGGAUUUCUGACUGCUGCUGUUGCAGGAACCAUCUUUGCGUCCCCUUCUGCGGAACAGAUUAGCAGAUGUACGAUUGAGCGUCUUGAAACCGAAAAGGGUGUUUUGAUCAUUCCCAUGAACUAUACGGGAGAUGUGCUGCAUUUUGGUAUGGCUGCUGAGAAAACAAAGGCCGCUGGAAGGCCGGCAGAGUUUUAUGCUAUCGGUGAUGAUGUCGGUGUCGGACGUGCUCGCGGUGGGAAGGUCGGUCGUCGUGGUCUUGCCGGGGGUAUUUUAGUCAUGAAAAUUGCCAGCGCUUUGGCCGAGACUGGCGCCUCGUUGGAAGAUGUGUACCGCAUUGCACAGCUCUCCGCCGAAAACACCGUUACCCUCGGCUCUUCGCUCGAACACGUCCACGUCCCCGGUCGCGAAGUAAACAAUGAAUUCGUGCCCAACGGCGAGGUCGAAGUAGGCAUGGGUAUUCACAACGAACCCGGCUCCCAUCGCAUGAAGUCCGCCACUUUGCCUACCUUGAUCAAAACCAUGCUCCUCCAACUCCUCGACCACAACGACCCUGACCGUGCCUGGAUGACUCGUCAGGCUGGUGACAAGUUUGUGCUUUUGAUUAACAAUUUGGGUGGUGUCAGCACCCUUGAAUUGUCCGGUAUCACUGCCGAGGUCACGAAGCAACUUGCCACUGAAUACGAUAUCAAGCCUGUCCGCACUCUGCAGGGAACAUACUUGACCAGCUUGAACGGUCUUGGUUUCAGCGUCUCGUUGUUAAAGCUUGUCGAUACCGGUCUCGGCGCUGGUAAGUCUUUGCUUGAGCUUCUCGAUGCUCCCACCGAGGCCGUUGGCUGGGCCGCUCCCAUCCAGCCCUCGACCUGGGAGAAACACUCUGCCGACGCAUCCGUCGAAUUUAAGAAGGUCGAUCUGGUUCAAGAUCAACCCAGCAACCUCAAAGUCAACCCCGCCACCCUCAAGAAAGCACUCACAUCCGGCCUAAAUCGCAUGAUUGUCGCCGAACCCGAAGUGACCCGCUACGACACCAUCAUCGGCGACGGCGACUGCGGUACCGGUCUCAAGCGCGGCGCCGAAUCCAUCCUCAAAGUCCUCCAAGGCGAACUCAGCGAUGACAUCGUGGUCACAGUCAACAAGUUCGUCAACGCCGUCGAAGCCACCAUGGACGGCACCUCGGGCGCUAUCUAUGCUAUCUUCCUCAACUCGCUCGUCCAGGGUCUCCGCGCCCAGGACUCUGGGUCCGCGACACAGGUCGAUGCCAAGAUCUGGGGUCAAGCGCUUAAAUCUGCUGUCACCGCUUUAUCCAAAUAUACACCCGCCCAGGUCGGUGAUCGUACGCUUGUUGAUGCCCUUGUGCCAUUCUGCGAUACUUUAGUCAGCACCGAGGAUAUCAAGGCUGCUGCGAAAGCGGCCGCUGAAGGCACGGAGGCUACCAAGCACCUCAAGGCUAGUCUUGGUCGAUCCGUGUAUGUAGGUAGUGAAGAGGAGUGGUUGGGCAAGGUUCCUGACCCUGGUGCUUAUGGUCUGUCCGAGUUCCUUACUGGUGUUGCUGAUGGUUUGUAA